GGCCGGCGGGAUGAGUGAGUGAUGCCAGUGUGGAGCACCUGGUAGUCAGUCAUCGACGGGGCUCUCAGUGGAGCUGCGUUCAGGGAACUGACUAAACAGCAAUGCGGACGAAUAAGGGCAUAAACGAGGGGAAUUGUCCGGUUUUCACUCACAACCCGGCGGAUUGGGGCUUUGCUUGGUCGCAAGGCAUGAUUUAACAGGACUUCGCCUCCAAAAACCGCAAAGAAAAGGACAUUAAGUGGCUUGGGAGCAGCUCCGGGGCGGAUAUUUUCCCGACACAACCCUUACCCACAUAAGUAUUCCCAGCAGCCCCUGUCGGCUGGAAUAGUCAGCUAAAAAUGAUUGCUUGAAUAUUUUUAUACUGUCUUGUAGCGUUUUUUCUGCCAGCACCGCGUCCCAUUUUUUACAGACUCGCUAUGGUGGACUCUCCCAACACGAGGAAGACUUUUGUGGUCCCAGACAUUAAGCCAUUGGAUUUGUAUGACUGUACUAAAGCAAAAAUAUGCGCAAGUGUCGGAUGGCUACUGGCAAAGUCCUACGGCAGUGCAGAAAACGUCCCUGUAGAGCUGCGUGACCCCUUCUACUGUGACCAGUAUGAGCAGGAGCACCUUAAACCGCCAGUCACACGCCUCCUGCAGUCCUCGGAGCUCUACUGCCGGACCUACAGCCUGUUACUGGGGGUCACCGGAGCCGAGGCACAGCCCAAAGAUAAUGUCGCCCUGCUGCAGCUCCUCACUCAGAGAGGCAUAGUCUCCAAAGACCAGGACAAACCAGUGACUGAUGCAGACCUCCGGCAUAAACCCAUCAAAAUGAGCGCUCACCUGGCAGUGAUAGAUGCCCUGAUGGCUGUGGGAGCCAUGGAGACGGUGACUGCGGUGAAGACAUGUGGUUCUGCUGAGCUCCUGGGAGGAGUCUCCAGCUGGGAGGAUGCUCUCCUUCAUUGGGUUAAUGGGUUAAACCAGAAGUUAAGAGAGCGUACUGAAGGAGCCCAAAAUGACACAUCUCAGGCCAUCACAGAACCCCAACCUGUUCAACCGUCUUGUCCCACUCGCUGGUACUGGAAACUUGUUCCUCUCCGCUACAGGAAGGAUAAAAUACAGUCCAAACACACGCCUAUUUUUCCAGUGGUGAAUGAAGUCAAAGACCUGUCCACUGGUUGUGCUGUUGCUGCAGUCAUACAUUAUUAUUGCCCUGGCCUGCUAAGACUUGAAGAUGUUUGUAUGAAGGAGUCCAUGUCUGUAGCAGACAGCCUUUACAACCUGCAGUUCAUCCAUGAAUUCUGUGACAGCUGUCUGAAGAGCUGCUGUCACUUGGCGCUGGAGGACAUGCUCUACACACCACAGGAGCUUCAGGUCAACUUGCUGAGCUUCCUAGCAGAACUGCUCAGCUGGUUUGAAGUACGAAGGCCAGAAUUUGUUCAGCCAAUAGACACAUUGGAUGGAUCCGCACCAGUAACUCCAAGUAGCUUGACUGGUAGCAGUACCUCCCCUUCUAUUUUCAAGAAGCCUUUCCUCCCCAUCUCCUCUCCUGCGUCAGGAUCUUUGACUCAGUCUACCUCAAUGUCUCAUAUAGAAGGAGUUGGAAAGACAUGGAGCAAGAAACCUCUCAGCCGCCCCUUGUCAGCAGUAUCCUUCAGCAUUCCUUUUGGCCUGGACAGUGAUGUGGACAUUGUGAUGGGCAACCCUGUGAUAACCCGCUCUGUGAGCUCAGACCAACUCAACCCAGCAGGCCAAAACAUGACCCGGGUACCCUACACUCCUCCUGAAGACCUCAGCCAUUUGCUGAGCAAACCUCCUGGUCCCAAUGGUCCACAGAGAGCUUCUUGGGCCACACAGACUCCCGGAAUUCCAAGGUUGGCAGAAGAGAAUGGCAUUGCAGCGAGUGAAGCGGGAGAGCUGCCUACCAUUGAAGAGGCUCUUCAAAUUAUCCACAACGAGAGCAAGAUGGAACCCCGUUUACACCCGGAUGGUGCUCCUGAUGGCUUCUACCUCCACUCACCUGAUGAUCCUGCUAGUUCUAGACAUAACAACUUAGCACCCAUCAGCUGCUCUGCCCCUACACGCUCAGGAAUGAUGUACCGGCCCACGGGAGAGCCCAAGGAGCCCACUCGCAUAAGAAACACCUCUGAAUGUUCACGAGAUGAUGACUCGGUCUUGAGAGACGGCAGUGUGGACUCAGAUGCAUCAGAAGACCUGCCUAAGGCCCAGUCCACUCCAACCACACCGGCUGCUGGUGCACAUCCUGCCAGAGGCCAUGGCAAAGAUGUGUCUGAUAGUGGUGUAAAGAUGACCAGCUUUGCAGAACGCAAAAAGAAGCAGAUUAUGGAUUCUCCCAAAGCCAGCGACCCCUCUUCUUCUUCUCCUCUGAUGACCUCGUGGGCACAAAAGUCUGAAGAAAGCCCCAGCAAGAGCCCACAACUCAAUAAUGAGGUGUCUGAGCUGGGAACUCGGCUUGAAGAAAAGCGCAAGGCUAUCGAAGCCCAGAAGAAACGCAUUGAGGCCAUUUUUGCAAAGCACCGGCAAAGACUAGGUAAGAGUGCCUUUCUGCAAUUAAAGAAGGAGCAGCGUGAGGACAAUGGCGAGGGGGAAGGAGGGGACGGCCAGGUCAGCACCUCAUCCACAGAAGAAGACCUCUCUCGCUUGACACUGGAAGAAAGGCUCGCUCGAAUGGAAGAGGAAGAGCAGCAGGAACAGGACCAACAGCACCCCUCUGUGGACGAUAAGGGUAAUCUGAAAGGAGGACUUCAGCUCAACAAACAGGUCAGUCACUCCAAAGACAAGGCAGGUACACCAGGAGAGAAGGGCUCGGGGACUCCUGGUGAGAAAACAGUAGCUCCACUAGGGGACUAUAACAAUGCAGUAUCCAAGCUGACUGCAGCUCUUACCUCUCUGCAAAGUGACAUGCAAAGGCUGACCGAGCAGCAGAACCAGCUAAUCCAGAAAAAAGCUGUAACUCCCAACAACAAAUCCUGGGUCAUUCCAGCCAGCCCAAAAACCUCCACCCCGGCACCCCCUGCACGCCUGUCACGGGAAUCCACUCGAGAUUUAAAUUCAGCCUCCUCCUCUCCGUCUCCAUCCCGCAAAAUCACAAACUACACCACUCCUCCUAAAUCCCCUAAAGUCCAUCGCAGAGCCCAAUCUGUGCCCCCUAAAAGCCCCAAACACCACCAACACAGUCGCCCAAUGGACGUAAAGGUCCCAACCCUGUCGAGGGUUAUAACCGCACCUCAAAACGUGGACCGCAUCCCUCACCUUCGUCGUGUAAAUCCCUGGCAAUCCCAUGACCAGACUUUGUCCUCAUUCUCCAUUGGUGAUUCUGACAGCCUAGACAGGCUGCGCUCAUCCACACCAACUCCUGUCCCCACACCGACUCUGACCCCUGUACCAACUCCUGUACCAACUCCUGUCCCGACUCCUCGUCCUGCUGUGGAUGAAACUUUGUCAGAGGUAGGCUCCAAUGACGACCAUAGUAUAUUUAGCAUGGACUUGGAGGCCGGGCCCUCCCAUGGUCCUUUGCCUAAGAGAGAGGGGCUUGAAAUCAGGGCCUGCAGCUCUGGUGCCCCAUCAGAGUGUUCCUUUGAGAGCGAUGUCCCUGCAGCGAUGCUUAAUGGCAAACGCAGCAGCCUAAUAGAGAUCUCGCUGUCUUCUCUGCGAGGGGACGCGGAGGAGGAUGACCAAGUACCUGACGCUUUCUCUGACUCGAUGAGCGACCGUACAGAGCCAGAGACGAAAGGAGGAGUUGGUUUCUUUUUCAAGGAUGACAAGGAGCGACCAGAGGAUGAGAUGGCCCAGCGAAGAGCAGCUUUGUUGGAGAAACAGCAGAAGAGAGCAGAGGAGAUGAAGAGACGCAAGCUUGAGCAGGAAAAAGAGAAAGAAUCAAACAAGCCUCAGUGGAUGAUCAUUGAGGGCUGGGGGAAUAAGAACGAGGACAGACCCCAGACCCCAGGCACUCCUCCAGCAUCACGCACCCCACCAGUUGAGGGUACUCCCCAGCGCAGAGGAGACUUCACAAGGCAGGAGUAUGAGAGGAGACAGCAGCUGAAGAUCAUGGAAGACUUGGACAAGGUUCUGAGGCAGAAACCGACCACGGUUCGCGGUGUCAAGAAGCAGAGACCCAAGACUGUGUUCAGAGAUGACUCCGUCCUCUCUCAUAGUCCCGCCAAGGGUUUCAUGGGCACCAGGCUGAACAAGGUGUACUCCCACUCAACCAUGAACCUGUCCUCCAUGGCGAAUGAUUCUGGAGGGCUGUCCGUCAGGAAAUCUCCAAGCCGUUCACACUCUCCCUCCCGGCUGAUGUCACCAGGACGAGGGAGUGCUCACAACAGAGAGAAGGACUGGGAGAAUGGCUCAACUAUUUCCUCUCCUGCGUCAAUCCCAGAAUACACAGGACCAAAGCUGUACAAGGAGCCGAGCUUUAAGUCCAACAAGUUCAUCAUUCAUAAUGCUAUCACCCGCUGCUGCCUGGCUGGGAAGGUGAAUGAACCACAGAAAAACAAGAUUGUAGAGGAAAUGGAGACGAGCACGGCCAACCACUUCCUCAUCCUCUUCAGAGAUACGAGCUGCCAGUUCAGAGCAGUUUACACCAUGAACCCUGAAACCGAGGAGAUGCAGCGGCUCACUGGCAUCGGCCCCCGGAUCAUCACACCUGAGAUGGUUGAGUCCAUUUACAAGUACAGCUCUGACCGCAAGCAGUUCACUGUCAUCCCGUCCAAAACUAUGUCUAUGAGUGUUGACGCCUUCACCAUCCCUGGUCACUUCUGGCAAAAGCGUCCAGGAACUCCCAAGAAGCUUGGCACUCCCAAAUAAAGUCGGGUAGAUGGGCGGAGAAGUUACCAUUCAGGGAUCCAACUCCUAACUUGACUCCUAUUGUCCUCGAUUUUGGCCAGUGAGGCACUUGAGAUGGUGCAUUACGCACUUAAACUCGCAGUGGACAGCAUGACUGACUCGGCUUUUGGCCAGCUAUCGACCUGGACCCUGAGAACAAUCCCAUCAACUGUACACGCCAAGAGGAAAGGGCCAAUCACUCACUCAUUCAGCCAAUGUAAUUACAGUAGUUUCUCUCUUGAGGGCUUCUGAUUGGCUCUGCCUCGUCUACCUAGAUUGUAAAAUGUAAUGCGACUGAUUCUGUUGGGAUGAAGAAUUCUCUUUCCCCUGCACCCUGCCUCCUCAUGCCUUACCUUACCCUGCCCCCAGGAGUCAUUUUUGCAACUCUUAGGUAAGAAAAGGAGGGGACAACCACACUGCCUUUGCCCGCUUAACAGUAUUUUGGGCCAGAGUAGUUCACACCCCCUCUCAAGUCUGCUUGCUUUUCCUUUUGCUGCCUUUUCUUCUACUUCUUCUUCUUCCAGGGCUCACUCUCUCUCUAGUCUACUGAGACGAGUGGCUCAGCUCUCAGUUCUGAUAGGAGAUCCUAGCUGAAAAUAAAUAGCAGGUAAAUGCUGCUCUCAUAUGAAUGUAGGGCACACACUAACCACUCAUUCCAUUCAAGGGUGUUUUCACUGGUCGGUCGGGACCAGAAAACACCAUAGUGGGUGGUUCCUCUGUGGGCCGCACUGGCAGCGGCUACUGUGGUUGUCAGUGGACAUGCACACCUAGAAACUGCCCGUACCCCCACAGUAUGCGCAUUCCACUCCAUUCCUUCAGCUGUAGACAUCUGGAUGUUUUUUUAUACUAUUUUGACAUGUUUUUUGCUGGACAAAUCGCUUCAGCCUUUGAGAGCUGAAAGAAGAAUGACAUUCAUGUGACUUUUUCCCCCUCUUACCUUGCUUUCUCAUUUUUUGACAUGUGAUGAAUUGAAAUGUUAUCUGAGCAUAUCUUGAAAAACAAAACUGGAAAACAUGAAGGAGGGCUUUACCAUGUUUAUCAUUACUUGGAUACGGCUCUGUGUGAAAAUGAUAAUCAAUGCUGAUUUAAUAUAUACUGAAUGCUGAUUACUUUGUUUUUGUUUUUUUUUUUGACAAUGAUUUGUAAAAAGUAAGUUGACCUUUGUAAGCUACGAAUAAGCUAGCCUGCUGCUUAAGCAUUAGUGAGAUGUAUGUUUGAGAUGAGAAUGAGAGUAUGAGAAUGAAAAGAAAUUGUCAAACAACUGAAAAUUGCUGAAACCUUUUGUUCUAGGGAUUAAUAAAUCCUUUAGCUCACUGGGAGUCUGUUUCCUAUGAUAUGAUUCCCUGUUUGUGUGCUGCUGCAUAGAAACAGUAGGUUUCUCAAUGAAGGAUCAUUUCGGACUGUAACAGCCCUCAUCUUCUUCGCAGUCUUAAGAGACUCCUUCAUGUAUAUCUGGAGGAAUGUAAAACGCCAAUAUAUUUUUUUGCUAGUGUCCACCCUGUUAGGUGAAACACUUGACCCUACAGUCGCUUGUGAUUAGGUCACCACAAAACCUGUGGGAAAUUGGCCUUCUUCCCUUCAUUUGCGGUCGUAAGCACUACAGCAGCUGCCGCGGUGCAGCUGUCUACUUUCAAAUCACUGACUGCCUCCAACAAACGCGUCGUUCGAAUGAGAUUCAGAUACAGAUGUGAAAACAAAAAAAGGCGACCACAUCGUGUAGGAAAAAAGAUGAUUGAUUAAAAGUGUGAGUGAAGGAGUGCACAUGGAAUAAGUGGAUGUUUGUAUUUAUGUGUUAGUAUGUGGUAGUUAAACACUAUAUUUUGAUUCUGUGCAAUUCUCCCCUAGAGCUCCCCACGUCACCCAGAGGUGUAUUUAUUUGGUUUGCAUUAGAUGGUGCAUUUGAUGUUUAGUUUCAGGUUCUACUUUUGUCUUUUUUUUUUUUGGUUAAGGUGGUAAGUCUCUCAUUCAUUUCAUAGAAGUUGUCAUAACAUUUAUGUUGUUUUCUUUCUUUUCUGUUAUCGAAUCUGUGCCAGCACAUUAUGUAUGAUCAUUUCAUAAAUUUACUCUCCUUGGCAACUGGACCAGACGAAAUAAAAAUCCUUUUAAAAUCA